AUGGUGUCCGGAAUUAGUGCUGCGAUGUUGUUAGAUCGUGAUCGGAAAUCCUGUGGCUAUGGAUGGCUUAUUUCGAAAGAUAGAAAAGGCGUAUAUGUGAUGACAACCAGUGAUGUUCUUCAUCGUAUUAAGCACGAUGAAGAUGACCAAUAUGAAAAACUCCACUUCUUCAUCGAGUCUUGUAAUGACAAGGAACCAACUCCCUGCUCCAUAAUUAAGACAGAGAAAAAAUUUGUUAUUGUCAGUUCCAAGAAAGGCAGUGUUUUAGAUUACGUUGUGCUUAGAUUUAAAACAUCUAGCAAAGUUGCUUCAGAAAAACCUUUGAACGUUUCUAAACAAUGUCCUGAACCUUUAGAAACCGUGGGAGUACCGUAUAGUAGCCUUGGUUGUCCAAAUAAAUCGUUUUGUCAACGUAGUAUCGUGCUCCAAUACCCUGAAGAUCUUAUUAAUUGGCUAAUUAAAGUCGGAAGCCGUUCCAGUUUCCACAGCGUUGCCAAGAGAGCUCCCUCACCAGGCUGUGAUCCUACCAUCGACUGGAAGAAAGCCAGAGAUCUUCGUGAAGUUCUUAUCCCUUAUUGGAAGACUGACCAUAAUGCAAAUGAAUGUUUUUCUGGACUACCUUUAUUUACUUUUCAGGAUUCCCAAGUUGUUGGCAUGUGUAGUCGCCGGGUUUUUAUCACUGAAGAGAUUAAGGAAAACCAUUUUAUUAACUUUGGUAUUCGCAUUGACCAAAUUAUUGCCGACAUCGACAGCAAGAAUCCACGUGUAGCUCGAAGUCUUUUUCCGGACUAUUUUUAA